CUAGUGGCCAUUUUCACUGCACACCACCUUACUUCCCUGCAACAAGAAAGAAGAUGGCCUCUCCUGUCAUUGAACCGCAGCCACCUCCGCCGAAGGUUGCCAUUAUCGGCGCGGGCGUAGCGGGUAUUUCCGCAGCGCGCGUUUUUCUGCACCACCCCGCGAAGCCCGCUGUUGUCGUGUUCGAAGCGGGCGGCGACGUGGGCGGCGUGUGGACGUACAACUACAGUGGUUUCGGGUUGCAAGUCCCCUCGCGCCUGUACGAAUUUCCGGACAUGCGGAACCCCUACGUUGCCGAUCACGAGUACCCGGACGGCCCGACGGUGCAGAAGUACAUUGCAGACUACGCCGAGAAAUUUGAUGUGACAAAGCGAAUUGAAUUUAACACCGUGGUCGUGAAGUUGGAACCGGGGGGCGAGGGGGAAUGUGGAUGGUUGGUCACCACAAAGAAUAACACCACCACGACGUGCGGGACUACUAGCUCGGGAAAUGUAGAUGAAGAAGGAGCAACCACGACUACGACUUUCUUCGACUACGUGCUUUGCUGCAGCGGAAUUUACAACCAACGCAACAAGGUGAUUCCAAGUUAUCCGAUCGUUUCGGUUUCCGAGAGUAAGAACACUGGAAUAAAAAUGUCGACCGAAAUAAAAAUCGAACCUUCUUGUUCCACUUCCACCUGCGAUAACACGACCAUCCCAUCCAUCGUGCACUCCGUGGACUUCACUGACAGUACAAUCGCGACCGGAAAAAACGUCCUCGUCGUCGGCUACGGCAAAUCCGCAUUUGACUGUGCCCAAGCGGCUUCCCGCGCGGGGGCGCUCUCCACGUCGCUCGUGUUUCGACAGGCACACUGGCCCGUCCCGCGGAACAUUUUAGGUUUCCUGCCCUUCGAAUACGCGACGUUCUCCCGGAUCGGAAGUGGGCUCCUACGACCGAGGUAUCCCUGUUCUGCUGCCGCGGGACCCUCCUCAUCCUUGUUCGGCAAGAAGUCUCUCGGCGGGAUUUCCUUGGGUCUCCUUCCCUCCUCCAGCACUCCAAAAGUUUUGGGCAACAUCUUCCGAAAUUUCGGAUCUCUUUUGACGCAAUGCUGGCACCGCUUUUGCGAAAGCCUGUACAAAACUGUGCACGACAGCAAGAUCGGCACAUGGCUGCUCAUGAACGUGUGGAACAAGGUGAUUGCGAAUGUGUUCGCGUUGCAGAUGCGGUUUUUCAACACUGGCAGUCUCCUGCGCCCGCGCAGGUCCUUCACCGACGAUUUCUGGUCCGGUCACGGCGUGCUACCGCGGCCGGAUUUUUUCACCGACAUUCACAACGGCGCCAUCAAACCCAUCCGCGGCGAGAUCAAGGGCCUGAAGCCGGGGAAGGAGGUCCUGGUCGCGGAAUUACAUGACGAGUUGACACACGAUGAAGACGUGAGCUACACCACAAUCCCCUGCGACUUGAUCAUUCUCGGUACCGGUUUUCACCAGGAUUGGAGCUUUUUUCCAACCGAAUUCCAAAAAACCGUUGAUCACGAUGGUCUGUGGCUGUACCGCAACAUGAUUCACCCCGAUUUUCCCAAUCUCGGCUUUGUCGGCAGCAACGUGACCACGUUCACUAACAUCACCAACCCCGGGAUCCAGGCCCGCUGGCUAGCGGAAAUGUGGUUCACCGAAGCGCGGAGUCGGGACUUGCUGAAAGAGGGAACAACAACAGUCGGAGCACUAGCGGGCGAAGAAAAUGGUCACCAGAACACUAUCGUGAACCUGAAAGUCACAACGAAUCCGACGCAGGCCCUGCCCGACCGCGAAGUGAUGCGCGACGCCAUUGAGCAGACGAAAGCCUGGAAACGCGCUUCCAUGCCGUACGCCGGGAAGGCGCGGGCGUACAUGAUUCAGACCCACCACAUCCACUACUUUGACGAACUUUUGACCGAUUUGGGCAUCAGCACCUACCGGAAAGGGAAUAUUUUCAAGGAGAUGUUUGAGCCGUACCGGCCGCGCGACUACGGCGACGUGGUGUCCGGGGAGUACUUUGAGAAGCUGGAACCGGUGAUGCUGUUGGAAACAACUGUUGCCGCAGCUGGAGAGGAAGUUGCGGCAGUAAAACAGGCUGAGGUCGUGGUCCGUGUUGCAGAAAUGCUAACUGAGCAGGUGAAUAAGCACCAGAGCGAGUUGGUCGAAGCAGAGAAGAUCCCGUUGCAUAAAUCGAAAUCAUCUUGUGCGGACGAUUUUUCCAGAAAGUGCAGUUUGACGUCGACCGCUGCAAGCAGAUCCACGGCGGUCCUCAGUAUUUUCAGUGCUGACGGGGAUCUUUUGGAAGAGGGAACCGCGGAUGCGGAGCCCAUUGCCUCGCGAACUACGGAGUCCUACGCGGACACAACCUGUGCCGGGGCGUGAACCGGGAAUCGGUCAAGUGUGCAAUAGCCGUUUUUGGAGUUUUGUUUGUUUCAUGAUGAAAAGAAUGACGGCGACGGCAGUAGAAGUAGUGAUUUUUUCGGCAAUUUCGUGCUGAUAUAAUUCAGCAACUGACGCGGUACGCGAAAUUUUUUUUGAAUACGCUAUUUACCUGCUUCGGGUUCGAACACGCAAAGCUGAAAAUUAAUACUAACCAUCAAUAGAAGAUACAACUAAAGACAAUUGAUGACCAUGAACAACAAAGACGAAGACGCUAUCUUGUUUCCCUCGAUGCCGUUGCCGUUCUCGGUUUGAUGUCUUUGUGUUGAAUUCCGAAACCUUUCUCCCCGACAAU